GGUGCCGGGCCCAUGUCGGGGCGGCAGCAGGAGCCUCUGCCCGCCUGCUUUGCGGGGCUGGGUGCGGGCAGCCCGCGGCCGCGGCAGAAGCGCGGCGGGAUGUUCUGCAGCGUGGAGGAUGCCUUCGACAACAAGACGCUGAACUUCGCCUCGCUCGCUGCCUCCGGAACGGCAACACCCGUCGGGGGGCAGCGCCGGGACACCCACCCGGGACCGAGCCCCGACGCGGCACCGAGCCCCGAACCCGAACCCGGCCCCGGCCCCGGAGCGGCCGCGCUGCCCCCGAGAGCCGCCGCUCCGGCCGCGCUGCCCGACGGCUGCCGGCAGAGUGAGCAGCUUCUAAUCAAAGGAGGAAAAAUCGUCAAUGAUGAUCAGUCAUUUUAUGCAGACGUUUAUGUGGAGGAUGGCUUAAUAAAACAGAUGGGAGAGAACCUGCUGGUUCCCGCUGGCACCAGGACCAUCGAUGCCUACGGGCAGCUGGUGAUGCCGGGGGGCAUCGACGUCCACACGCGGCUGCAGGCGCCCGCCGUGGGCAUGAGCUCGGCCGAUGGAUUCUUCCAGGGCACCAAGGCAGCGCUGGCAGGAGGCACCACCAUGAUCAUUGAACACGUGUGCCCAGACGUGGGGAGCAGUCUCCUGGCCUCCUACGAGCAGUGGCGCAGCCGCGCUGACAGCCAGGCCUGCUGUGACUACGGGCUGAGCGUGGACAUCCCGCGCUGGCACGAGAGCCUGAGGGAGGAGCUGGAGGCCCUGGUCAAGGACAAGGGUGUGAACUCCUUCCUGGUGUUCAUGGCUUACAAGGACAAGCUGCAGUGCACUGAUGGCCAGAUGUACGAGAUCUUCUGCAUCAUCCGGGACCUGGGGGCCAUCGCCCAGGUGCACGCGGAGAACGGAGACAUCAUCGAGGAGGAGCAGAAGAGGCUGCUGGAGCUGGGGAUCACGGGCCCGGAGGGGCACGUCCUGAGCCGCCCCGAGGAGGUGGAGGCAGAGGCCGUGUUCCGUGCCAUCACCAUCGCCAGGCAGGCCAACUGCCCCCUCUACGUCACCAAGGUCAUGAGCAGGGCUGCCGCAGACGUCCUGGCGCAGGCGAAGAGGAGAGGCGCCGUGGUGUACGGGGAGCCCAUCACCGCCAGCCUGGGCACCGACGGCUCCCACUACUGGAGCAAAAACUGGGCCAAAGCCGCCGCCUUCGUCACGUCCCCCCCCAUCAGCCCCGACCCCAGCACGCCCGAUCACCUCAGCACUCUGCUCUCCAGCGGGGACCUGCAGGUCACCGGCAGUGCCCACUGCACCUUCAGCACUGCGCAGAAGGCCGUGGGCAAGGACAACUUCACCCUCAUCCCCGAGGGCACCAACGGCGUGGAGGAGCGGAUGUCCGUGGUGUGGGAGAAGUGUGUGGUGCCUGGGAAGAUGGAUGAGAACGAUUUCGUAGCAGUCACCAGCACCAACGCUGCCAAGAUCUUCAACUGCUACCCCAGGAAGGGGCGCGUGGCUGUGGGCGCCGACGCAGACCUGGUGCUGUGGAACCCCAAGGCUACAAAAAUCAUCUCAGCAAAAACCCACAAUUUGAACGUGGAGUACAACAUAUUUGAAGGCACCGAGUGCCACGGGGUCCCAACCGUGGUCAUAAGUCAGGGAAAAGUUGUCCUUGAAGAUGGGAAUCUGUGCGUCACCCAGGGCUCAGGUCGCUUCAUCCCUAGGAAAACAUUCCCUGACUUCGUUUAUAAACGGAUAAAGGCAAGAAACAGGCUGGCCGAGGUUCACGGCGUGCCCCGGGGGAUGUACGACGGGCCGGUGCACGAGGUGCCGGCCAGCGUCAGGGCCGUGGCGCCCGGCGCGGCGUCGCGCAUCGCGCCCGGCACCGGCAAAGCCGCGCCCGCGCCCGUGCGCAACCUGCACCAGUCCGGCUUCAGCCUGUCCGGGUCACAGGCAGAUGAUCACAUUGCCCGGCGCACGGCGCAGAAGAUCAUGGCCCCGCCGGGCGGGAGGUCCAACAUCACCUCGCUGUCCUGACGCUGUCCUGGCUCUGUCCUGACGCUCUCCUGGUGCUGUCCUGGCGCUGUCCUGGCGCUGUCCCCACACCGGGCGCCGCCAGGUCCUGCGGGAAGGGGCCGGUGGGCUGCUCUCCACGCAGGAGGACGAGCGAGCGGCGCUCGCCAGCUGUGCCAGCCCUUCCCUCGUAGGUAGAAAGUAGAGUGGUCCCUGAGGUAGCUCCCAGUGGGUUCUCUGUCAGUGUUCCUUCGCUAGCUGCUAGGAAAGCCCUUCCUUUCCCCGUGCAUGCGGCACCGCCACCUCCCCAGCGCUGCGGGGCCAGCUGGGGCGGACAUGAAGGCACAUCCAGGCUGGAUCACGCUCUUUUCCAGCAGCAUCCCCUGCCCGCUCACAUCAGAGGGCUUCUGACCGAUGAGCACUUCCAUGGUUUCCAGUCAGAGCCCUCCGCCCUGGCCGUGCUCCCGGAGCCACCCCAGCCCGUGUGUCCCCUGGCAGUCACAGCUCAGGGGUGGCUGCAGCCCCGUGUCCUGGGGCAGAGAGGUGCUGGCCCUCCACUGGCCAUGCUGUGGGCCAGUGUCCUUCUCCCAGCCUUGUUUUUUAAAGGUUAUUUAUACAGUUUUUCAAGAACUGAGUGUGAGUCCAACACCCAAUACCAGGGCUCGUUUGGAGGCCAGGUGCAUGCGACACACUUUUUUAUAGAGAUUAUUCUAGCCCAGUUAUUAUAUUUAAAGGUGUGUACAUAGAGUAAACCUCUGGCCAUAGAGCCAUGCAUGUACCUCCAGGAAUGGCUUUCUGUUCCUGUCUGCUCCUUGCUUGGAAUAA